AUGGCGGCCUUGCCAGCAGGUGUUCAGUAUGGGUUAUCAUCUGAGUCUAGUUAUAAAGAAAACAAGGAACUAGUGUUUGUGAAACUAACGGAUUCAGCUUUGAAAGCAAUAGAGGACUUCAUUAGAAAUAAUAGGGACAAAUUGGCAAAACCUAAAAUACAGUUCCUACCCGGAAAUGAAGGGGGCCUACCACGCGACCCCAAUGCCAUCUACGCAACGCACAAGCAGGCAGUAGGCGAGAUCUCCUCGCGUGGAAUGCCCAUCGCUCAUAAUGGCUCUCCCAAAUACCUCGGCGACCUGCUGGACAGAUUUCAAAAAAAAAAUGUGAGGGCC